AUGUAUACCAAAUCUAUCCUGGCAGCUGCCCUCCUCUCCACCAUCGUCGCCAGCAGUCCAAUGCCGGCGGACGUCAACGUCCCAAUCACAGAUGCCGAGAUGCAAGCCCUGGAGGCCGGCGGCCUGAAAGCCCGUGGCGGCUCGGUCAACGUCCCCAUCACGGAUGCCGAGAUGGCAGCCCUCGAGGCCGGCGGGCUCAACAGCCGAAUCGACAUCCAGGCCCGUGACAAGGUCAUGAACUGCGGCCACCUCGUCACCGGGAAAGGGGGUAGCAACGGGCACGGCAAAUGGGUGCCCGUAGACCAGUUUGGGCAGCUUGCCGAUACGUUCUGCAAGGCGUAUGUCGGUACGGACAUCUACAAGGGGCACGAGACCUCGGACACCUACGCAGCGUCCCUCACCAACCAGGACGACGACACACAGCCGGGCGACGCCGGAAACAUUGUCUUCGCCAUCUACAAUACCGAUCGUGAGGGCAGCUACGUCGUGGACCAUGACACUUGUCUGCGAGCGAUGAAGGGGCCCCUCGGUAGCCACAUCACCAAGCGGGACGGCAAGGACUACGUUCUCUUUGAAAAGCGGGACAACUGCUACGGUACUAAGCACAACGAUUAUGAGGGGGGGUACUACAAGGUUGACGGCAUCGGUGCUUUUGGCAGCGAGGUGUAUUCGUCCUCGUAG